AUGCCACCAACUCAGCUACCCGCGUCGGGGAACCCUUUGGUCUUCUUUGAUAUCACUGUUGGAGGCGAGCCACUCGGCCGUAUUCAAUUCGAGCUCUUCGCCGAUGUAGUUCCCAAGACCGCUGAGAAUUUCCGUCAAUUCUGUACCGGAGAAACCAAGAAUCAUCUCGGGAGACCUCAAGGAUACAAGGGCAGCAAAUUUCAUCGAAUUAUCAAAGAUUUCAUGUGCCAGGGUGGUGAUUUCCAAAAUGGGGAUGGUACUGGCUCUACCUGUAUUUAUGGAUUGAGUAAAUUCGAUGAUGAAAAUUUCACCUACAAACAUACGGAACCUGGACUUUUGUCGAUGGCUAAUGCUGGUCCAAAUACCAACGGCUCUCAAUUCUUCAUAACCACCGUCACCACCCCUUUCCUCGACAACAAACAUGUUGUCUUCGGCAAAGUAGUCGACGGAAUGGACGUCGUUCGCAAAAUGGAAAACACACGCACAAAUCCUAAAGAUGCACCUCAACUACCAGUCGUCAUUUCUCUCUGCGGAGAAAUGUAA